AUGGCUGCAAUUUUUUCCUUCGACCCGUCUACUGCAGCUAUUUGCACGGCAGUCUCUCUGCUCAGUUGCCUUCUGUGGCGACGCUAUCAAUCCCCGCUGAGCGACAUUCCGGGCCCUUUCCUUGCAUCGUGCACCAGGCUGUGGCACGUCAUCCGCAUUUUCACCGGCGACAUUAACGUCCGAAGCAUUAGGGAGCAUGAGCAGCAUGGGCCGUUUGUCCGCAUCGCCCACGACGAAGUCAGCGUCUGCCACCCGGACGCCAUCCGCAGCAUCCUGCUGAAUCCAAUCCCAAAGGCACCAUGGUACAAAGUUCUAGCCCUCCCGGACCGGCGCUUCCAAACCCCCAUGUCCGAAACCGAUCCCAAGCGACGAGUCGAGCGAGCCAAAAAUGUCGCGUCUGCGUAUGCUCUGUCCAGCCUGAUAAAGUCCGAGUCGUAUAUGGACACCAUGAUUCAGCUGAUGCUAUCCAAGUUCGACCAAUUCGCUGAGAAGCAAGAGCCCGUGGAGCUGGACUACUGGUUCAACUUCCUCGCGUUCGACAUCAUCGGCGAGGUUGUCUUCUCAGAGAGCUUUGGGUUCUUAGACAGUGGGAAAGAUCUCGGCGGGUCAAUAGGCAAUUCUCGUGCGCUCAAUGCUUAUAUCGCUGCAGCUGGGUACUUCCAGUGGUUGCAUAAUCUGACAUUGGGCAAUUCCCUGCUGUCGAAAUACAACCUGAUGCCGAAUAACCACCUCUUCGACACGACCAUGGCUGCUCUGCAACGCCGGCAGGCGAACCCGAACCCUCGCAACGACAUGAUCGAACACUGGAAGAAGACAUUGGAGCAGCAUCCCGAGCGCAUGACGAUCAUCGACCUACAGGCUACGGCCACGGGAACUGUCGGCGCCGGAGCAGACACAAUCAGCGGUGCUUUGCAGUCAUUUGUAUACCAUAUGCUUCGGAAGCCUGAACAUCUGGAAACGCUGCGCGCGGAGAUCAACAGCGAGAGGGCACAGGGGAGGUGCAACGAUCCUGUCGUAUCCUACGCACAUGCCCAGAACAUGGAGUAUCUACAGGCCUGUAUCAAAGAGUCACUUCGUAUUUUCGGUCCAGUCCCAUUCGGCCUCGCUCGGUUGGCACCAAAGGGCGGCCUUAAAAUCGGGGAUCGCUUCUUCCCUGAAGGGACAAAGUUGAGCGUGAACCCCUGGGUCAUCCACCAUUCGACAGAAUUCUUCGGACCCGACGCCAAAGCAUAUAACCCCGGCCGGUGGAUCGGGCCCCAGGCAAAGGCUAUCGAGAAGUAUUUCGUGGCGUUCGGUGCUGGAUAUAACUCGUGUCCCGGACGCAACCUGGCAACUAUCGAGCUCUCGAAGGUUAUUGCGACGCUUGUUCGAGAUUAUGAUAUCCGCCAGCAGAAUCCGGAUCAUAGCUGGAGUUAUAUGGCAUAUUUCACGGCAGUGCCAUAUGGGUGGCCGUGCUAUGUAUCCAAGGCGGAAGGAGGUCUACGGUAG